AUCACCGUUACUGCUCUCCAGCCUGCCCAAUGGCAACUCACACAUAUUGUCCAUCCAACUAAGGUGUGGAGUGGCUUCACGGUGCAGAUCCGCAGGCUUUCCCGCACGCACGGCUCGGCGGCAAAUGCCGUCGCAUUUUCUUAGGCAUCAAGACAUGACGGAAACGACAUCAUAGCUAGCUACCAAGGCCAGUCUCAACACUCGUCGACCUCAACAUCGCCCCCCAUCACGACUGCACGAUUUGCAGCCUGCCGCAUCGCCCUGCCCGCCAUCCUCCCGCCGCUGACAAUCACUCGCACCACCGCCCCCGAACGCCAAAUCGCCGUUCCGACCACGAAGCCGGUCCACAACCCCACGUCGACACCAUCACGCUACCACGCUCUCUCGCCGCAAACAUGGCUCCCGUGCAGAAAAGGACAAACAUUGUCGCACGUCGCCGGCGGCUGAGCGAUGAGGACGAGAACAAGUCCGUGGCAACGUGGGCCGACGACUCACAGAGCGACGUGUCGGUGCCGAGCGACAUUGAGGAGAAUGCCGACGCCGACAACAGCGACCUGAGCGACGUCGACAGCGCCCCCUCACAGGCGGGAGCGAAGACGAAGAGGAAAGCCAAUGGCGCUCGGAAUGCAAAGCCCCGGACCGACACCAGCCAUCGCCAACCGUCCCCGCCAAUUGCCCGCUCCGAUGCCGCCUUCACCGCCCUCAAGGACACGCAGCUGAUGAUGAACGGGCUGAAGAUUGCCGACGACGCAAAGGAUGCUGAGGUGGUCGACUUCGAGACGGGGCAGUCGGCAACAGAGCCCGCGCCCGCAGUGAGGGCCCCGCCCGGACGGUCAGAGACGCUGGGCGAGCGCAGACGGCGGGAGCACGACGAGUACAAGCAGAAGCGCGACGCAGACCCCGCCUUCAUCCCCAACCGCGGCGCCUUCUUCAUGCACGACCAGCGAUCUGCACACGGCCAGAACGGCUUCAGAGGCGGCGGCGCGCGCGGACGAGGACGGGGCGGGGGCGGAGGCGGAGGCAUCGGAGGGCCUUUCUCUCCAGCAAACAUGAGACCACAGGCCCAAGAAGCCACCGACUCGCCGUGGCAGCACGAUCUCCACGAGACCAUCAACGUCCCCCACCAAGCCCAGCCAGCUCCUCUUGCACAUGUCCCCGCCCACCACCCAUCGGCCACCACACAUCACCCUGCACGAACAGCACCCGCGCCUGCUCCAAAGGCCCCGCAGACGCGCAACUUCUCCACCACAGUACACACACACAACGCGCUGGUCAGAGUGUUCCUGCCAGCCAUGAAAGCGCCCAUCCAGUUCCAGAACGUGCCAAUCAAGCAGCACACCCGCCUACCCAAUCACCGACCACCCCUCCGCCGUGACAAGCCUGUCCGCAUCUCUCUCCCGCCAGCUGCACCGCGAUACAUUUUCCCCACAGUCGACCGGUCCUUUAUCUUCAUCCCACGUGCCCUUCGACCCAAUCAACAAGGCUUUGGUCGGGGACGCGGACGAUUCGGAUCAUUUGGCGGAGGCUUCUCAAGCAGGCGCACAAGUGCAUACGGGGGCAGUGUGUACUCUCCCAGUGUCGCCAUGAGCAGACGGUCAUCAAUGGCACGCGAGAUGGGACGCGACACGCUCGUGUCUCCAUCAGGGUCCAUCAUGUCCCGAAACGGCGCCUUCGACCCCAGUCGACCAGUCGUUAGGUUGCCACCUGGCGGCCCCCGCAUGCCCAACGCACCCUCCAUCAUCUCACCGACAAACGGUCUUCACUCAUACCCUCUCCCACAAAAGCCGACCUUCCGCGAAAACUGGCAAGGCUCGCUCCCAAUGCACCAACCUCGUCCCCAGAAAACGGUAUCCGUCGCGGGCAUCGAGUCCCCCGCAUCCAUGAACUUCAACGCCCCGCCCCAGCAAGAACAACAGCCCUUCCACCAACAAGUCCCCACCCACAUGAACGGCGCCGGCCCCUCCACCGACCAGCAAGCCUUCUACCACCACGCCCGCCAGCCCUCCUACCCAACCCACAUCCCAGGCAGCACCCCCCUAUCCAACAUCCCCGAGCGCGCCAUCCACGCACCCGCCUUCCAACCCUACCAACAAGCCAACUUCCCACCCCAACCCUUCGUCCCACAACCCUACUUCUACCCGCCCAACCCCGCCCAACCGCCCUUCCUACCCCCCGCCGCAAUGCUCCCCAUGUUCGUCCCCGCCGCUCAGCAACCAGGCUACGCUAUGCCUGCCCCCGCCCCCCCUCCACCGCCCGCCGCUCAGCCUAAUAUGGUCGCGUAUGAGUCUAAUGGUAUGACUUAUUACGUUGACUCGUCGACGCUGUAUUCUGCUCCAACUGUGGAGACGUACGCGCAGCCUAGCUUUGCUGUGCCGGGUAUGGGCGGGAUGAUGACGCCCGGGCCGGAUGGCGCGUAUUAUUAUCCGCAGCAGAUGGGGCAGGCGGGGUUUUAUGCGCCGCAGUAGGUGGG